UUUUUUAUAGUGCUUUUUUUUUUUUUUCUUUUCUUUCGUUAGGGUUAUGUGCUUUUUGUUUGUCUCUGAUCUCUCCUUGAGAAAUGAUAAAUGUGGCUCUUGUCUCUUGGUUUGUGCUUGUGUGGUUCGUGAGCGUCGCGAAUGGCAUCUGGGACGCAGAGUAGUGGAAUGUUAACUAGAGAGCAACUUUAUUAUCUUUUCGAUCGUUUCAUUUUUCUUACUUCCCAACCUGAUGUGAAAAAAAGGAUUGCAGAGGCUGUGCAGGAUAAGCAGGAAGCUGUUGCUGUGACCACUGCAAUACAGGAAGAGAUAUUUUUGGAGAUGGGUGUUGACCCAAGAUUUGGUAUCUCAUGCCUUGGAAAAGUCAGUACUGUCUAUGAGAAUGACCUGGAUUUGGUGAUUCAGUUUUAUAAAUUCCUUUCGAAAGAAGAGGUGGCCUGUGAUGAGGCAGAGCUUGGAGAAGAAGAAUUUACAGAAAAAAUGCUCAAUCAACAAAAGUUACAGGAACAGCAACUAGAGAUGCUGAAGUACAUGCGCAAGUUUCACUUGGAUGAUCAAUCUGCGAUCCUUGAGAAGUUACACCAGCAGAUGGAAAACGGAAAUUAUGAAAGUGAGACAUCCAUUUUGUCAGCUGAGCAGAUCGAUGAGAUUGUCCCAAGAAAGGUGUCCCCUUUGUAUACACCAAGGUAGACCAAAACCCAGCCUUAUGAUGGACCCUUUUGUUAAAAUUAAGAGAUAUUUUGGUUCAAGUGUAGCUUGCGUGACAUUUAUUUUUGAGUUGACCAGUUCCACAAUUCAUGACACUUAUCAUUUACUUCAUUUUCCUCUUGACUCUUUAUUUUAUGUUCAUUUUAUUCCUAUAUUGGAGCU